GUAAAGACAAAAUUCGGCGGUAUUUUUGGCAAUUUGUCUCCUUGAAGCAAAAAACAAAUCCCUCUCUGCAACUCCCCUUUAUAAAUUCCCCAAUUUACUACGCAAAUUUCAGCUUCACGAAAUGGCCACCAAAUGCAGUAUCCCGGUGAUCGAUCUACAAGAUUUCGAUUCCCCCAACCAAUUAUCCAAAUUGAUCUCAGCAUGCGAAGAAUGGGGAUGUUUCCGGCUACUCAACCACCACGAAGUCCUCCCAUCGACGCUGAUGUCGGAGAUGAAGACCGUGGUCAGAUCACUCUUCGAUUUACCGGUGGAGAUCAAGCGCCAGAACACCGACGUCAUCACCGGAAGCGGAUAUAUGGCUCCAUCGGCAAAAAAUCCGCUCUACGAAGCACUCGGAUUGUAUGACAUGUCAUCUCCUCAAGACGUCGAUUCCUUUUGCUCUCAAUUGGAUGCUUCACCUCAUCAAAGAGAGACGAUCAUGAGAUAUGCUGGAGCAGUACAUGACCUAUUUAUGGGGAUCGUAGGGAAAUUAGCCGAAGGUCUAGGGGCCAAAAGUGAAAAUAUCGGAUUCGAGAAUUGGCCAUGUCAAUUCAGGAUAAACAAAUACCACUUCACCCCUGAAAGUGUUGGUUCCCCUGGUGUCCAAAUACACACAGACUCCGGUUUCCUCACCAUCCUCCAAGACGAUGAAGGCGUCGGCGGUUUAGAAGUCAUGAACAGCUCCGGCGAGUUCAUCGCCGUCGAUCCCUGGCCAGGCACCCUUCUCGUUAACCUCGGCGACAUGGCAACGGUUUGGAGCAAUGGAAGAUUUUGUAACGUGAAGCAUAGGGUGCAGUGUAAAGAAGCGAAGAUACGUGUUUCGAUUGCGUCGUUCCUUUUAGGGCCGAGAGAGGCGGUGGAACCGCUGCCGGAGCUUGUGGAUGAUGAGCACCCCCGUGUGUAUGUGGCCACCACCUACGAAGAGUACAGGAAGCUGAGGUUCUCGACGAAGCUGCAGGCAGGCGAAGCUCUUGCACUCCUGUACACAUCAAGCUCCGAUAAGUGAUGAACCAUGGUUCAAAACUUCAAAUCGGUAGCAUUUUAUUGAGAAAAUGUUGCAAUAUAUGUUAGAAAACAUGAAUAUUACAUAUUUAAUAUUUAAUAUUAAUAUGGCAUAGUGCCUAAAUAAUUUUUUUAAAUAUUCCAACGAAAAUUUGCGUUGGUGGAUAUAUACCAAACAUAAGUAGACAUUGUCAUUUAGUGGCACCAUUUCCAAGUUUUGUUAUGUGCAACCUUGUAUGGUUGCAUUGUCAUGCGACUUUGAUUAAGGUUUCAUAUUCGCAUAAUUGGUGCACCUCUUUUAAGUUCGAGUAAGUUUUUAGAAACGAACAACAUAAUAUUAUGAAAUUAAAUUAAAUGUACAUUGCUAUUUUUUUUGCUUAAAA